AUGGCCGACCCUUUCGAGGUGCGGAUGCGAUUUUCGUCGCAGUUGCAGCACCUCAAUGCGUCCGUGACAUCUGCGCAAAAGGCAGCCCAGUACGCACUCAAGUACAAAGACAUGGACGAGGACUUGCACUCGUGCAUAUUAGAACAACUAGAGCGGAAUAACAUGAAUACUCGUGCCAAUAUCAUGUACUUCAUUGAGCACUUCCUCGAGAUGGCACAGAAGGACGGACACGUCGAUUACGUGCGCAUGUUACAGCGCGACAUCAUCCGGGUGGUUGACGCCGUGGCUCCGGACGAUGGCUCUGGUGCUGCGAAUGUUAAGGUCGUCAGGAGGGUUCUCCAAGGCCUUCAAUCCAAGAAUUUUCUCGCUGCCCAGACAGUCGACGAGAUCAACGAAGUGCUCAAGGAGCGCGAGACAGCCAGCAUAGAUGCCGUUAUGUCCUCGCCUGUUAACAGCACGAAUCCGGGGCUAGGCGACAUGCCAGCGUCGCGCACCAUACCCAGGCCAGGCGGCACGGUGCUACCGCCGCGCCUCGACAAGAAACAGAUCGAGCAGCGCAUCGAGGAGGACCGUGAGCGGCACAAGAGGUUGCGGGAGAGCAUAUGGGCUGUCCCCAACGAGCCGCCAGACGCCGAGAUGUGGAAAAUGUGGGACGAGACGAGUGACCUUGGGGACGAUGACUUCUUGCUGGCGAAGGAGGAGGAGGAAGAACGGCAGCGAUGCGUCGUGGAUAGCUGUGUGCAUCGCCAGGACGAGGAGACACGGAGACGGAAGGCACACGUACCCAAUGGAAAUCACGCGCAAUGA